GUGGGCAGUUGCACUUGCACGUGCAUGUAGGAUACUCAACAGAAAACAACGUCCUGGAAGUCUGGAGGCGCGUCUUCUGUGGCAUCCAGAUUACUCCCAUCUGGUGCAAACCCGGUGCGCGCCGCUGCUGCCUCUUAUUCCAGGACUAAUUUCAGUCAGCGCUUUGAACCCCGAGCGCACUGCGCUGUGGCGGAGUGUAAGUGAGUGCGUUUAGUUCGAACUUGGAGCCUGAAUACGGUUUAUAUUUUAACAACGCCAAACACAAAGUAUUUUGGCCAUUUCUGUUCAGCAAGAGGACUUAGAAGUAGGAUCGCACCAUGGAUACGGUCGGCGACUCUAUCGGAGAAAGUAAGCCGGUGUGCCAGUGUACCCCCAAGUCCCGGAGCCAGCGAUGGGUGCCAGGUUUCCCCAUCGCUCUGUGCUUGCUGAUGUCGAUGAGCUCCAUCACCGUGUGUCUUCUGAUGAGCUUGAAGACCUAUCAGCUGGAGAACCGACUGCAGAUGGAGUUGGACAAGGCGUCCAUCUUCCAACACCCGAAAAGGGCGUUCGUAAACGAGGAUGGGACCCUACUUUCAGAGUUGAGCACCCCAAUAGGAAAGCUCGUGGAAGAGAAAGUGGUAGCUCUGACGCCAAAAGUGCGGCCAGCGAGGGAUGUUGGCCAAGAGUGCUCCUGUCCUCCAGGGCCUCCAGGAAAACGUGGAAGGAUGGGAAGAAGAGGGGAACCUGGGCUUCCUGGCAAGGCUGGACGGGAUGGAUACCCGGGUCCACUUGGCUUAGAUGGCAAACCAGGUCCACCAGGUCUGAAGGGAAGCCAGGGACCAUCCGGACCCAAGGGAGAAAAGGGUGACCAAGGAGACAUUGGGCCAAGGAUGGUUUUCCCCAGAACUGACCACGGCUUUCUCUCUCGAGAGCCGACCAACAGCUUUCAGAGACUCUUUCUGAAGGGUGAUCAGGGUCAGGCUGGACCUGCUGGUCCUCCCGGUCCCCCAGGUCCUCCAGGUCCCCGUGGCCCCCCUGGGAACACUGGAAAAGAUGGACCUCGUGGUCUUCCCGGAGAGCCAGGUUUUCCUGGUCGCGAUGGAGCUGAGGGGCCACAGGGACUGCCUGGGAAGCCGGGAGAAGAUGGGCAACCUGGUUAUCCAGGACAACAGGGUCACCCGGGGGAAAAGGGCGAGCCUGGGAGUGCAGAAAAAGGAGAGCGAGGCAUGGAUGGACUUCCAGGAUUAAAGGGUGACAAAGGAGAAAGAGGAGAGCAAGGACUACAGGGAGCCAUGGGUUUUCCUGGUGAGAAGGGCACCCCGGGUGCUUCAGACAUCAUCGACUUCAAUGGGAAGCUUCUAGAUGCUUUGCAGGCCAUCAACACCAUCAGUGUUUCGGGGCCACCUGGACCACCAGGACCACCAGGACCUCCAGGGGAAAAGGGUGAGCUCGGGUUACCUGGACCAGCAGGAGUUGACGGGGAGAAGGGACCCGAAGGUGACAUGGGUGAGACAGGACCUCCCGGCAUGAGAGGAGAGAAAGGCGAGAUGGGUCUCUCUGGGCCUACUGGUAUGGAUGGACAGAAAGGAGAAAAAGGCGACUGCAGACUAGAUGACAACUUGGUUCAGAUGAUUUCCCAGCCAGGCCCACCUGGCCCACCAGGCCCACCGGGAGUACCUGGGCACCCUGGAUCCAUGGGGCUGCAUGGAAUGCCUGGUCCUAAGGGUGAACCAGGAGUGGGGAUAAAGGGAGAGAAGGGAGACAGUGGUCCUCCUGGAUCCAGAGGAUCAGAUGGCCUCCAAGGUCCACCUGGGUCUCCGGGCUUAGUGGGCCUUCCUGGUGCCAAGGGAGAGAAAGGAAGACUAGGAGAGCCUGGACUUGAUGGUUUCCCAGGCCUGAGGGGAGAAAAAGGUGAUCGAGGCGAAAAAGGAGACAAGGGUGACAGAGGAACAGUAGGGAAGAGAGGUCUAAAGGGCCAGAAGGGUGAACAAGGUCCUCCGGGUCUGGACCAGCCUUGUCCUGUGGGGUGCGAUGAGUCUAAAGAGCAGUCUGUGAAGGCAGCGGUUUCUUCUCCUGCAACUCCUCCUCUUCCUCCUUCUGGCCCUGAGGGCCCCUGUCCUCUGGGACGUGACGGGCUACCCAUACCGGGCUGCUGGCACAAAUGAUUACUAACCAGCAGCAUGGAAUCUGUACAUAUUGAUGUGGUAUAUAUUGCAACAGAAUACUAUGCCAACAACCCCACUCCCUUUUUUUCCUUUUUUAUAAAAUCCUAUUAUAUAAUAUAUUGAGACUUUGAGAACAAGGACAUAUUUGGGUCUACAGUAUUAAAAAAAAAAAGUUUAAACUCGAGAUCCGGUGUUGUUGUUGUGAAAGCAGCCGUGCUUUUGAAGAGACUGACGUGACGUGGCCGUGAGACUCUUAGUUUGGAGGACAGUCCAGAUGCCAUUGUUGGAGUAGAGGAGUGCCUAACUAACAAAGCCUGCCUUGUUGCCUGAUUGUCGUGUGCGCACUCGUCCAUUCUCACAGGAUGGAUGGAUGCUUGGAGAGAUGGACGUUGUUUCGCGGCGGAUGCAAGAGUGUGUUGUCAGUACUCUCUUGUCCUCUCUCUGUUUUUGUUUUGAAAGGAGGAAAUGGCAAGGCAGAAGCUCAAACGCAAGCGUCUCUCUCAGCCCUGAAACGGUGUGGGGCCCAGAUGGAGUAAGGACACGUAGACACGCAGAAAUCACAAGGGGCUGAUUUGCUUUUUGCAGCAGAGCCGGCCAUGUAAUGCCCCUGUGUCAAACCGAACUCUCACAUCCUCCGACAUGGAAUCUCUCCAAGAGGACGCAAACACUGCGUUUCCACAUUCACCUCAGAGGGAAAGAUGAACCUGCUUCUGAUGUUUUGUAAAGGCUUGAGGUUUUCUGAGAGUCAAUGAUGUCACUGGCACAUAAGGAAGGAUUUUCUGUGCAGAUAGUUUGAACAUGUUAUGGUGAUCUCUUAAAUUAAUCUUAAGUCAGUAAGUAAGUUUUCACUAAUGCAUGAUCAUAACAGUUUUGUAUAACAUGCUAUCAGCUUGUAUGACUUGUGGUCCCUCAUUGAAACCUCAAAGUGCAUCGAUUUUUACAUACAAUAAGCAUUUUUUAAAUGAACAAGCCACUCAGAAAUGUUAGUCCACUUUUUUACGGCUGACGUUUAUGAUGACUUGUGCCGUUUUGUUUUAUUAUGGUAUAUUUUUACCUAUCGCCAGUCUCAUUUUUGCAUUCCUGUGCAUUACCAUGAUUGUGAGAUGACUAGGUAGUGAAACUUUAAGGUCAGAUUUGAAGGAACCAUUAACAGUAUUCAUGAUAAACCAGUGUUUCAGUUGCUUGACAAAUGAUUGCCAAUCUUGAUGCGUUUUGACUGAUUGUUAUAGUUUAGUCACAGAAAGAAAAGAAAAGAUGUUUAAUUACUGCUGCCAGUCUUUCCUGGACAACAGUAGAAGUCCUUGCUGCUGACUUAAAUGUUUGUUGUUUGUUAGAUAGCUUUGAAUCAAUAUUAGUCAUGGAAUGCAGGACUAACGCUCUAAAGAAGAAACCUUUAAUCAAACAUGCACACAGCAGUUGUUUUGGCGGUAGUUUCUUUUUCAUUCAGCAACAUCUCAGCACAGUGGUUCUAAAGUCUUUGCAGUCAGAUGACUUCAACUAGUUUGUUGUGGUUUUUGUAAUACAUUUUCCUCAGACUUACUCAUUUAUUGGUGCUUAAAUACUUUUGUGUACUGUUCAAAUAAAACACAGACACGCACAAAUGCACACCUUUUAAAGAACUGUAAAACAAAUGGUGAAAUGGUAAUCUGUGUUGACUUGGACACUAUACACAGGACUGAUAAUGCAUAGGAUCAAUAUAUGCAAACAUAUACGUAUUAAUGGAAAGUGAUGAUAUUUGUAAUGCAGUAUUACUAUUACUCAGUAAUGAUCUUUUUGAAAGGCAAAAUACAUUUUCAGGUUAAUCAUUUUUGGCAAUCUACCGGUUACACUGGUUAGUUGUCUUCAGUACUAUUAACCCAUCACCACAGAGGCUGCUAAACAUUUUCAACUAAUGCUGUAAUAUUUCAAAUGGAUUUUAUAUUACAACAGUACAUUUGUAAUGCUGACUUUCUUGUAAUUAUAAAUAUCUUAAUGUCCUAUAACCAGGCUCACGUUAUGUUCGAGUAUGGUUUAGGCUGCAGAUCCAGUAAUUAACAAAUUUAUUAGACUACCUGUCAUUAAAAAUCAUAAAUGUUUUAGAAAUCUCUUAAAAAUGUGUUUAAA